UAGCCUAGUAGAGGAUUUGACAAUUCAGCAAUUCUGUCAAAUUUUGACUGACAGUUUGAAUGUAUCUCUCUGAUCUUUCCAUUUUCCCUUGUUACAUCUCACCUAUACAGGCUAAAACCUGAGGCAUUAGUGCACAUAGUCAUCUGCUGUUAGCUCCUCUCCUCCUCAAUGACUCCACAGGUUCCAGUGCCCAGGCCUUCAUAUUCAAAGGCCAGAGAGAGUCUAGUGAAGGCUGUCCCUCCUAAAAUCAUCUGUAUUCUGGCCUGUGGAGGGAGGGAUUGUCAGUAUGAAGGUCCAGGAUGCUGGAGCUUGCGCCAGCAGGCCAUUAAGGGCGUUUUCUCCAGCUGGGUGACCGAUGACAUUAUCGCGAUGGCACGACCUUCUACAUACCUCAUCAAGAGAUACAGCAUCAUAGAGCAGUUCAAACAGUUGAACAUUAAAUCCAUCAUUAAUAUGCAGCUGUCUGGUGAGCACGCUCACUGCGGCCCUCCUCUGGAGACUGACAGCGGCUUCACAUAUUCACCUCAGAUAUUCAUGGAUAACCAAACAGUUUACUUUUAUAAUUUUGGGAUGUCUGAUUUCGGGGUGUCUUCUCUGGGUGGCAUUUUGGAUGCUGUGAAGGUUUUGGCUUUCUCUGUGAAGGAAGGGAAAGUGGCCGUGCACUGCCAUGCUGGUUUGGGCAGGACAGGUGUUCUGAUUGCAUGCUAUCUGAUCUACACCUGUCGAAUCAGCGCGAGUGAAGCCGUCCACUACGUCCGGAUCAAACGUCCCCAUUCGAUCCAGACCCGUGGACAGAUCAGUUUAGUGUUUGAUUUUGCCCGGCUUGUGGGUUCUCAGUUAACUCAGUUCCCAUGUCUGAACAUGCGUCAUGGAUCCACCUUCAGUCUUCAACAGUAUCUCCUGCGCCAGGCUUUUCUGCUGCACGGGGAAGAGGCUCGAACCCUCGCCUACACACCCAAGAUCCUUCACGUGAUCUGCAGUAUGCUAAUCGUUUUAACCCAAGGGUCACCUAAUCCACCUGAGGUCCAGAGAGAAUUGGAACAGAGGGCGGCCAUUUUGGCUCUAAGGAAGGCCGUGAGGGAUACACUUUCAAAAAGGAACCUGAAUGCUUUAAGGGACAGAAGAGAUUCUCGCAGAAAGUUCUCCUGCAAGUCCUGGGAUGAGCCAUUUGGGUUCUUGGAAAGGAAGAGGGAAAUCCUAUUAAACAAGCGAAGCUAUAGCGAAUCAGAUCUCAGCAAAAUUAUCUUCACUGAGGACUUUACACAAUACUCAGCUCAAUCUGAUGGACACCCGAAAGUCUGCAAUGGAGAAAUCUGUCAAUCAAGAGAUCAGAAAAUGACAAAUUCAAAGCAUUACGCCAACACUGAUGUCCUGAUAACACACCAGUAUAAUGGACUGAAUGAUAAACACAACCCUAUUCCACAAUCAGCUCCUUAUCUGGGUAAAGGCAUUGUGAACAAGACAAAAUGUACAGCCAAGAAACAUCAGGUCUUCAUAAAGUUCAGCUCAAACAUUGAGCUUCAGAGAACCCUUGGUACAUCAGAGCAAGCGUCACAAUCAAAAGCCGUCGCUCAGGCAAUGGCACAACAGCGCCCUCUAUCGGACAGAGUAUUAAAAAGGGCAGAACUUUUGCAGAAUGAGCUUAACUCAAAUGAAUGUGGCUGGGCAUUGUUGGUCCUGGAGGAGAAUCCAAAUGUUUUGAGCACACUGUUAUGGAGCUGGCUGGAUAAACUAAAGGACCCCAUUCUGAAUAAAGAUGGCACAGAGAAGCUGACCUCAUCCUGGCCUACACAAAACCCAUUGACCGCACUGCACAAAGCCGAGCGACACACUAUCUGCUGUUUGCUGCUCUGCGUGGGUCACGUAGUGGCCCUAUGUCCAAAGUUUGAACAUAUUAUACUGCAGAGACUCAUUCGCGCUUUAACGAGACGCCUUCCAGAGGAAAUCGAGAGAAACAACAUCUUGUUGCAGGUCCUCAGAGCUUCAAUGAAAGAGCUGUACCUGCACAAGCACCAUUCAAAUAUUAACACUAUAUAAUGGCAUCAAAGUGACAACUAAUAAAGAAAUA